AUGGUUCUUCCUCCAGGUGUCUAUCGAGCAGAUCAUGUCGGUUCUUUACUUCGACCUGAAAGCCUUAAAAUUGCACGACUGCAAUUCAAAAACGGAGAAAUCACAUCUGCUGAAAUCAAGUCGCAAGAGGACAUAUACAUAAGUGAUGUAGUCAAAAAACAGUUAUCACAUGGUCUGCGAUCUGUGACUGAUGGCGAAUUCCGUCGCUGGUCAUUCCAUAUCGACUUUCUUACCCAACUUGGUGGCGUUGAAUAUCGUGAAGAUUUGGCGACAAUCAAGCCAAAACGAGACUCACCACCAAGGCUCUUUGUGACUGAGAAGUUGUACCACCCCAGAGCCAUACAAGUGAAUGAUUUCAAAUUUCUUCAGCAGGCAGUACGAGAAAACUCCUCAUCCAUUAUUCCCGGAUCAGCCAAGGUAUGCAUUCCGGCGCCGACAGCAUUACAUUUUCGCGGUGGACGAGAAAAUAUCAGUCGUGAAGCAUACCCCAAUAUGGAGGAAUUUUUCGGGGAUUUGGCCAAGAUGUGGCAAUUGGAAAUUAUGGACCUGUACGCCGCAGGCUGUCGUUUUGUGCAGCUGGACGAGACAAAUAUGGUCUACCUGUGCGAUCCGUUCUUCCGAAAUGCAGCAUUAGAGCGUAAUGAGGAUCCGGAUCAGCUUCCACUGCAGUAUGCAGAGCUCAUCAAUGCGGCUAUCUCGCAGCGGCCGGCUGAUAUGAAAAUCGGCAUACAUCUUUGUCGCGGCAAUUAUCGGAGUCAGUGGUUUGCCACUGGAGGGUAUGAGCCAAUUGCCGAAGUCUUGUUUCAGAAGAUAAAUGUUGAUGUUUACUUCUUGGAGUUUGACGAUGAGCGCUCUGGUGGAUUUGAGCCCUUGAGAUUCUUGCCUGCAGAUAAGAUUGCCGUCCUGGGUUUGAUGACUAGCAAAAGGCCUUCUCUAGAAGAUAAGGAGAUUGUGAUCAGCCGCCUGCAUGAGGCUGCAAAAUACUGUCCAGGUGGUCUGGAUCAACUAUGUCUGAGCCACCAGUGUGGUUUCUCGAGUUCUGUGGAAGGGAAUGAAUUGACGAUAGAGGAUCAAUGGAAGAAAAUUUCGUUGAUGGUUGAUAUUGCAAAGUGUGUCUGGAAUGAGGAUCUGUCAAGGUAG